CUGAGCGGGCCGGGGCCAUGAGCGCCGCCCGGCCCCAGUUCAGCAUCGAUGACGCCUUCGAGCUGUCCUUGGAGGACGCGGGCCCGGGGCCCGAAUUCAGCGGGAUCGCCCGCUUCGGGCCGCUGCACUUCGAACGCCGGGCCCGGUUCGAGGUGGCCGACGAGGACAAGCAGUCCCGGCUGCGCUACCAGGUGAACGGCCCGGCCCAACUCAACCCUAGCCCGGGUCCGGGCGGUACCCCAGGCCGGACCCUGGAGAACCCCAACUCGAGGGAGAGUAUGUGUAGACACCCCUGCCCACGUAGCCGCUGAUUCAAGGCCCUGCCCAGACCCUCUCAACUCUGAUUUUGGUCCCCAGCCACCGAACUCGGGAAUUCUUCCCCCAGUCCCAGCCGGAAAUCCCACUCGGUGUCCCCACUUAUCCUGGGUCCUGACCCAACGCCCUCUUUCCCCGCUGGGCUAGAGAGCUCUUCUUGUACCUUGCCCAAACCCCGGGUCAGACCCUUGAAUCUUCCACUCUCCCUCUUCAGUUCUGGAAGCUGCCCCCGCCCCCCACCCCGGAGCUGGAG